AUGAAUAAUUCAAUUGAUCGUCAAGGUAUUCUCGAUAAUUUAACAGCCAUUGAAACAACUGCUAAAUUACUUGUGAAUGCUUUUGUAAAGAAAAAUAGCGAUGCAGAAUUGUCUUUAAAUGGAAUUCAUCGAGAAGAAUUAAUCAAUCAAACAACCACAUUUUUAUCACAAGCACAAAAACUAAUUCUUAAUCUUUCGAAUACAUUCAAUCUAACAACAGAUGAACUUUUUCAAAAAUCAUCAAAAGAAAAUCUAAAUGAAGAAUUCAAUUCAGCAUGUUUGACAUCUGACUUAUCUGAAGAUAAAAAAAUUGAUUCGAACAAUUCGUGUCCUAAAACAACCUAUUCACUAUCAUCCGUGACAUUAGAUGAUAUCAUUCAAAAUCGUUUAACACCAAAUGAUCUUCUACCCAAUUAUCCUCUUCUUCAUGAUACAAAUCCACCUAAUCUUAUCUCGAUGGCACGUAGCCUUCGUUCAAUAGAAAAUUUCGAUAGUCUUAUGCUUAAAGCUCAUUCAAAAAUCUUCAAUCAUGAAGAACGAAUGUGCUGUAAUUAUGAUGGAACUCAUGGAAAAUUACCAUACCCUCGACAUAAACGUCUUCUAAUUGAUCUUAUUAUUAAGCUUAUACUAAAUGAACGUAAUCAAAAUUUUGAUGAUGAUGAACAACGUCAAUCGUAUGGUAAAUGUGAAAAACAUUUUUCAAUCGAAACAGCUCUAUCAAAAUAUCGUGGCAUAAAUGCUGAUCAACUUAAUAGAAUUAAUCGUUACAACGACGAAAAACAAUUUGUUUGUUCACUUUUUCGUCAGGCCAUACCCAAAGAUGAUAUUCAACAUAUUAUUUCAGCUAAACAAGAUGCAUCAUCUCAAUGGAAUGAUAAUGAACUAUGUAUUUAUUAUACACGUCCUAUUCAUUUAUUAUGGAUUAAACAAAGAUGGCUGGCACGAUUUCCAUUAAACAGUAAAAAUGAAGCAGAAAAAUGGUCUCAAUGUAUCGAUUGGGCUAUUGAAACUUUUCUAGCUAAAGACGAAUCUAUCCUAAAACCUGUUCCGUCGAAACGAAAAACAAAAGAUAUGUCAACGGAGAAGAAACGAACGAAAAAUUCAUUGACACUAGAAGACAAAUGUAAAAAGAUCGAUCGAACAAAAUUUAAUGUUCUAGAAUAUGCAACUCAAUUUCUGCAACAUAUUUCGGACGAAAAUAAUAAAAGUUUACCGGCACUCCAACAGUUACAAGCUCUUGAACAUGAUGUAUUUCAUUACUAUUGGACGUCAAAUCGAGAAAAAACAUGGUCGGACAUAUUAGAUGUAGUCAGUCAUGUUUUUCUGAAUGAAUUCAAAGAUGAUUUUCGUCAGUCUUAUUCAAAACAAUUAUUAGAAGCAAACGAAAAUGAUCAAAGUGAAAUUGAAAGAUUGUUACAAAUAAAAUUAUAA